AUGGAGCCCGCCAAGAUUCCCGUCGAACCGCCCAAGAAGCGCCGCAUCGGCGUGCUCACCUCCGGUGGUGAUGCUCCGGGCAUGAACGGCGCCGUUCGCGCCGUGGUCCGCAUGGCCAUUCACAGCGACUGCGAGGCCUACGCCGUCUUCGAAGGAUACGAGGGGCUGGUAAACGGCGGCAAUAUGAUCCGCCAGCUGCACUGGGAGGACGUUCGCGGCUGGCUGUCGCGCGGAGGUACCUUGAUCGGCUCUGCUCGCUGCAUGACCUUCCGAGAGCGUGCUGGCCGCAUGAAGGCUGCGAAGAACAUGGUUCUGCGCGGCAUCGAUGCACUGGUUGUCUGCGGUGGUGACGGAAGUUUGACCGGUGCCGAUGUCUUCCGCGCCGAGUGGCCCUCGUUGCUGUCGGACCUCGUUGCGGCCGGCGAAUUGACCCGGGAGCAGGUCGAGCCCUACAAGGUGUUGAACAUCGUGGGACUGGUCGGUUCCAUCGACAACGACAUGUCCGGCACCGACGCCACUAUCGGCUGCUACUCAUCCUUGACCCGCAUUUGCGACGCAGUUGACGACGUUUUCGACACUGCAUUUUCACACCAACGAGGCUUCGUUAUAGAAGUCAUGGGUCGUCACUGUGGCUGGCUGGCCUUGAUGUCCGCCAUCAGCACCGGCGCCGACUGGCUGUUUAUUCCCGAAAUGCCUCCGCAGGACGGCUGGGAGGAUGAAAUGUGCUCCAUGAUCACCAAGAACCGCAAAGACCGAGGCAAGCGCCGUACGAUCGUGAUUGUCGCCGAGGGAGCGCAGGACCGCCAUCUCAACAAGAUUUCGAGCUCAAAGAUCAAGGAUAUCCUGACAGACCGGCUGGGACUCGACACUCGGACCACCGUUCUCGGUCACACCCAGCGAGGUGGUGCCGCAUGCGCCUAUGAUCGUUGGCUGUCGACUCUACAGGGCGUCGAGGCCGUUAAGGCCAUUUUGGAGCAGACACCUCAGUCCCCAGUCCCUGUCAUCACCAUCCGCGAGAACAAGAUCAUGCGCACCCCUCUGAUGGAAGCAGUGCAACUUACCAAGGAUGUCACUGAGAAAAUCCAGAGCAAGCAGUUCGACGCCGCAAUGGACAUGCGGGACGCCGAGUUUAAGGAAUACUACGACGCCUAUCUCAACACUGCAACCCCGGAUCACCCCAGGUUGCAUCUCCCGGAGGGCAAGAGAAUGCGGAUUGCCAUCAUUCACGUCGGUGCGCCCGCCGGUGGUAUGAACCCAGCCACACGGGCUGCUGUGGCCUACUGCUUGACCCGCGGCCACACCCCAAUUGCAAUUCACAACGGUUUCCCCGGCCUCGUCCGACACCACAAUGACAAGCCGGUCAGCUCGGUCCGGGAGGUCCGCUGGCUCGAGUCCGAUAGCUGGGUCAACGAGGGUGGUUCGGAUAUCGGAACCAACCGUAGCUUGCCUUCCGAUGACAUGGACGGUGUGGCCAAGUGCUUCGACCUCUACAAGUUCGAUGCCCUCUUCGUGGUCGGUGGAUUCGAGGCUUUCACUGCUGUCAGCCAACUGCGCCAAGCUCGCGAGAAGUACGACGCCUUCAAGAUCCCCCUCAUCGUCCUCCCGGCCACCAUUUCCAACAACGUUCCCGGCACCGAGUACUCCCUUGGUAGUGACACUUGCUUGAACACCUUGAUCGAUUUCUGUGAUGCCAUCCGCCAGUCCGCCUCUUCGUCUCGUCGCCGUGUCUUCGUCAUCGAGACCCAGGGUGGCAAGUCUGGUUACAUUGCGACCACGGCCGGCUUGGCCGUUGGUGCUGUGGCGGUGUACAUUCCCGAGGAGGGUAUUGACAUCAAGAUGCUGUCUCGCGAUAUUGAUUUCCUGCGCGACAACUUUGUCCGUGAUAAGGGUGCUAACCGUGCCGGCAAGAUCAUUCUGCGCAACGAAUGUGCUUCCGGCACUUACACGACCCAGGUGGUCGCUGACAUGAUCAAGGAGGAGGCCAAGGGCCGCUUCGAGUCGCGUGCUGCGGUCCCCGGUCACUUCCAGCAGGGUGGCAAGCCGUCCCCUAUGGAUCGUGUCCGCGCUCUUCGCAUGGCCAUCAAAUGCAUGCGCCACAUCGAAUCCUACACCGGCCAAAGUCGCGACGCCAUUGCGAACGAUCCUUUGUCGAGUGCCGUGAUCGGUGUUAAGGGCUCCCAGGUUCUAUUCUCGCCGAUGGGCGGCGACUCGGGCUUGGAAGAGACCGAGACUGAUUGGACUCGCCGUCGGCCCAAGUCCGAAUUCUGGCUGGAGCUGCAGGACGUCGUCAACACUCUUUCCGGCCGUUCGGCCUCCCGCACCCAAGAGGGCUGGUUUUGCUACGAGAAUCCCUCUUCGAUCCAGUCCAUCCCGUCGGUCCCCAACUCGCCUUGA